UAACAAAAACGACACAAUUUUGCCGGUGUCGACAUCGGAUAGAGGGAAGACGAAGGGCGCUGUGAAAAUCCAUCGGCAUCCUGGUAGUUGUGAAGAAUUAAAGGAAAAGCAAAAUGUGGUCCAUGUUAGGAAAGAUGAUGCUCUUUUUACUGCUUGUGCUUCCGUGCACAGUUAUGGUAUUUGAUAAUGACAAAGCAGCAGUGUAUGCACAGGAAGGCGAUGCAAUGGAAGGUGAAGAUGAUGAAGACACUGUUGUUGAGAGUGAAGAUGGUGUUGAUGACACAGAACAGGCAGUUACUGAAACUGAAAAGGGAGAUGAAGAAGAAGAAUCAACCGAGGAAGAACAACAGUUGAAACCUUCACCUGAUGCUGAUGCUGUUAUGCUCUUUACCAAACCUGUUGGUGCAACAGAUUUGCCAGCUGGUGAGACUAUUCGAUUUUUGGUUGGUUUCACAAACAAAGGAGAAAAGACUUUCACAGUUCAGUCACUGGAAUGUUCUUUCAGAUAUCCUCAAGAUUACAACUUCUUCAUUCAGAAUUACACAACAGCCCAGUACAACCAGGAGGUGGCAUCCAAAAGACAGGCUACAUUUGAGUAUGGAUUUACUCCCAAUGAAGGAUUUGCUGGUAGACCCUUUGGAUUGUCUGUUUUGCUGAAUUACAAGGACGAGGAUGGUAACUUGUUCAUGAGCCCAGUCUUCAAUGAAACUGUCAACAUAGUCGAACCAGAUGAGGGAUUAGACGGAGAAACGUUUUUCCUGUAUGUGUUCUUGGCAGCUAUUGCGGUUUUGCUAUUGGUUGGUGCUCAGCAGUUCCUGGCAUCUUUCAGCAAGAAACAUCGUUCAAAAAAGGCGCAUCAUCAACCAGUAGAGAUGGGAACUCAGAAUACAGAUGUAGACUACGACUGGAUCCCAAAGGAAACACUGGACAGGGAUUUAAACAGGUCACCGGGGCGCUCACCGAAACAAUCCCCCCGCCAGAGGAAGAGCAAGAGGACCGCCGGGUCCGGCGAAGAAUGAUCGUACUGAUGCUUAUGCUGAUGGAAGUGGAUUUAAAAACUAGGUCACUGUUACACAUACAACGGGAGUACAACAGCUUCAUGGACUGCAAGAAAAUCAUCAAACUCUUCACAAGAAAUCAUGUAAUCCUUUAAAUCUUGUUUCUGCUUUAAGUUUGUUUUUUAAAUGGUGUGAAAGUGGUCGGAAAGGUAUCAUUUUGCUCAUUGAGUUCUCCCCCUUUGUCAAAAGUUUCAUAUAUGCAGAAUGAGAGUUAGGAGUUUGUUCAGUUUUUCUUUCAAAAAAAGUGGAAUAAUAGCAUAUUCAAAAUAUGUUGAUCAUUGUUUUGCAGUAUUUAAAUAGUAUAUUCCACCAAAGUUGAUUUUUUUAUUGUAUAUUUUUAUUUGAUUGUGAAUAAUAAAAGUUAAUUUAUAGAAUGUGAAGCAAACUGUGAUAAGUGAAUAUUUAGUCAGGAGUAAAUGAGCGAACCCCCACACAAUGUCCAAAUAUGGGGGGAAAACAAUUCUAAAUAAAUUUUGAAUUCAUUAUUGGAUCUGUGAACUUGUUUUGAGCCUUUUGCCAAGAAAAUUGUUUUUGAAAAUGUCUUGUGUUUUUUUUGUACUCUGAUGAAAAUGGUGCAGGGAAAAUUGUCUGAGAAAGAAAUAAUUAUGUGUUUGGCACAGUAUUGGUCUGUUGAAUUAUAUAUUUAAAAUGUGAUUAGAAUUUGCUCAUACAAUAAAUAAUUUGAAAAAAAGCCUGGGAUAGUAGGGUAGUUAAAAAUGUGAAGGAGCUAUGAUGUGUGCGUCUCAGUCAUGUGGCAUUCCAAUGCUUUGUACUAUAUGUAUCUCAUUAUUGUAUUCUGUGUGACAGCAGUGUCAACUUCUACUUCCUGUUUAGUAAAUAAAAUUAUUAAAAACUAUAA